UCGCUCACACACCGACACACACACACGUAGUAGGCGGAGGCAAGGAGCCACACACACACACAUUGGAGGGAACCCCAUCAGCUGUAGACAGAAACACAGCUUCAACUUUUGUUCCUCGCAGCUAUUUACAUCUCCAUCUUUGAAGGCGACAUGUCGGAUCGACAGUAGCGAGGCUUCGUGGAAAACACCGGUGUUUGUUUGGAAGAGGAGCGAGACAGCAGCGCGCACGGACUUUUCGAGGCUGGCUGCGAAAGCAUGGAAUAUUUCAUGAUGACAGAGAAAAUAGCGUCCUUGCAGCAGUUUAAGAAGACGGAGAAGGAUGUGAUCGGAGGCCUGUGCAGCUUGGCCAACAUACCUCUGAGUCCAGAGACGGCACAGGACCAGGAGCGACGGAUCCGUCGGGAGAUCGCCAACAGCAACGAACGCCGGCGCAUGCAGAGCAUCAACGCUGGCUUCCAGUCACUGAAAACACUGUUGCCUCACACAGAUGGAGAGAAGCUCAGCAAGGCGGCCAUCCUGCAGCAGACCGCUGACUACAUCUUCGCCUUGGAACAGGAAAAGACAACACUCCUGGCACAGAACAACCAGCUGAAACGCUUCAUUCAGGAGUUCAGCGGCUCAUCACCUAAGAGGAAGCGGGCGGAAGAGAAAGACGAAGGGAUCGGCUCUCCAGACGCUCUCGAGGAGGAGAAGGGGGAGGAGCUGAGGAGGGAAAUGCUGGAACUGAGGCAGCAACUGGACAGAGAGCGCUCUGCUCGCAUGCAGCUGGAAGAGCAGGUGCGAUCUAUGGACACCCAGCUUCACCCAGAGCGCCUGAAGGUCAUCACUCAACAGGUGGAAGAGGAGCAGGCGCUGAUCCAGAGCCAGACGUUGUUACGGCUGCAGCAGAUUCAAGCGGCGGACAGACAGACACACAGUCCGCAGGUGCUGGCUCCGCCCGCCUCCACACACCACCCGACAGUGAUUGUCCCUGCUCCAACACUAAGCCAGCACCACCAUGUCAACGUGGUGACCGUGAGCCCCACCGUUCACACCACCUCCGUGUCGACGUCCAGGCAGAACCUGGACACCAUAGUGCAGGCCAUCCAUCACAUCGAACGCACUCAGAAGAGGAGAGCGAGCGCCGAGGAGGAGCAGAGGCGCGCGGUCAUUGUUAGCCCCAGUCACGUCGCCAUGGACACCGUGGGCUCAGACACAGACACGGACACAGAGGGCGAGGACUGCUCGAUGAACUGAUGGUCCACGGAACCAACAUACAAACGUUUGUGUAAGAUUGGCCUCCAGGAGCCCGACUACUCUGAAACAAAAACCAUUCGCUUUUUUAAAACUCCAGAACCCAGUAGUGAAGCUCUCGUUCAGUCUCCAGCUGAAGAUCGAUGGCCCGCUAGGAUGCGUAGGUGCUACUUAAAGACUCAAGCGUCUCUGUGUUCAAAAGAAAUCUUGACGGUCACGUUCCCAGUUCUUGUUCCCAGCGUCAUCAUCGGUCAGUAUUGCUCUGCUGCCACUUCACAAGCGACAAUAUACUGAAUGUAACAACACACGAAUCACGCCGCUGCUGGUGUUUCCAUCCAAACCUUAGGGUGGCGACCUCCAUCUGAAGGCAUUUGCUAGCGCGACCCUUAUGGCCAAAAAUCAAAUUCAAUUGAAAAAUUUGGGGAGAAAAUAAGUUCAUGUCUGAUUUACUUGAAAUAAGUGUCUAAUGUGUUUUGAUUUAGCCCUGAAUGAUAAGCUGUUGAUCAAUCGAUGUUAUUGUCUUUGCUAAGUGUGUGAGGUUUUUCUUUUUUUUUUCCCCUCCAAGUCAUUUUCUUUUGGUAUCAGGCGUCCGUCUCGGGUUACUGAAAUUUAGAAAUGGCUGAAUUUAUACACGAAUGAGUUUGCUCCAGAUGAAAACUGCGAUAAUCCAGCUGUGUAUCAGCACCGAUUAUUGGAAGCGUUGGAACCCCGCGCAGCAGUUAUCCUCCUUCUUGGACUUGAAUUUAUGAUUCAUCUGUUCCAAUGAAUGAAUGAAUGAAAUAUCCUUCUUUAAAUAAUGAAACGGUACAUAUCAACAUGAACUCCACCCAGAUUUUUCUCACUCUGGGUGCAACUUGAUGGGAGAUAUUUGAAGCGGUUAUGAAUUUUCAUAAAGGAACUGGUAGUUCUGUUGUUAACGUCCAGGUAAUACGAAGCGCGUGCAGUUCUUCAGGCACGGAGGGUGCGCCCUCACUCUUCACUACCAAAGUCAGAAGCAAGUAGUUUUUAAAUCCCAACACGAGUUAUUCCUGAUGAACGUCCGCCAGUCCACAUGAUUCGACCAGCACGCCACUCUUCUGGACCUUCUUGCCAGUGCAUUUGUUUUUCUUUUUCAUGUGACGGUUGGUGAAUUUGCACUUGGUUAUUAUGCAAUUCAAUAUUCAGCACUUACACAUACGACAUAAGAUGAUGAAAUCUAUGCAUCAUUGAUAGCUGUGUGUUUCUAGAAAUACACUGUGGAACAGUCCACUCAAACUAACAGUAAAGGUGGUGCUCUGCUGAUGACGCCAAGAUUCUCGCAGUUCAGGAAGAGUAAAUACUGGAGGAUAUCUGGCUCCUAUUUGACUGUGCUGCAGCUGCACACAUGGGUGCAUUGUGGUGUAUUUUAAAUGCAGGAAUUGGAGAAAAGAAAUACUGCAUUCAAAGCAACUGGCUCGGUCCACCGCAUGUUGUAUUGCUUACAAUGUUUCUGGAACUUGACUGGAACCCCUGCUUCAAGCUCUAUUAGAUGCUCUUGACACGAUGCUGUAAACAUUCCUUUUUAUUUGUGUCUGCUUUUGAUCUCGUAUGUUCCGUUGCCAACCGAAUGCAUGUUACUAAUCGACGUUCUCUUCGUGUAAGACAGCCAUUUACAGACAGUUUCUUUCAGCGUGGAAUUGAAUCUCUCUUGUGAAACACUUCACUACCUUAAGUUUCAUCCGCCAGUUUUUUUAGGGGGGGCUGUGAGAGUGGCUGUUAUUUGUUGUUGUGAAUUUUUGGUGACACGCCGCUGCAGCCAACAGGCGAAACGUUGGAGUCUAAUAUUUCAGUACUUCUUGUUGCAGCACUGUUUUUUUUUUUUGUUUUUUUUUUUUGGUGAGUUCAAUAUGAAGCACUUGCUGUUCUGUACUGCCUGGUUCAGUGUUGAGGUUCUCUUUUUUAUUACCAAGCUCUUUUCUGUGAUACAAAAAAUGUCUUUCCUUUCUUUAUUUUCAUCUAUCUCUUAACAUUUUUGGUGACAAGCAUCUGUUUUUUUAAUUUCUUUGUUUUUGUCAGUCCAUGAUGAGAAGCUGUUAUAUUUUGUUUAUAAAAAUACUUGGGUG